CAGCCAUUCCGGGUGUGGCUGGCCCAUGUGAGCGAGGCGAGGCGCCGCUGCAGCUCGAAAAGAGAGGAAAUGCGAUGCGGGCGAGACUAGGGUUUACACUCUCCUCCGAUCUUCCAAAUCAAAGGAGAGAAGCACUCUCCUCCGGUCGAGCGGCGGCGGAGAUACCCUCCUCUCCUCUCCUCUCCUACGGUCGCCGCUGUUCCUAUCUCCCGGUCGUGUUCAAGCUGAAUUUGCUCGAUGGAGGACCUACCGGAGGCUCUGGUGACAGAGAUUCUCAAGAGGAUCACCAGCACAAGUGAUCUGAAUUCUCUUUCCCUUGUGUCAAAGCAGCUCUACAAGAUAGAGGGGAAUCAGAGGGGUGCUAUCCAUGUUGGUUCCGGUCUUUGCACUGCUACAAAAGCACUGACAUCAUUGUGCGCCCGGUUCCCAAAUUUGCGGAAAGUGGAAAUCGAUUACACUGGUUGGAUACGUGGACAUGGAAAGCAGUUGGACAAAAAAGGCCUUUCUGUGUUUUCAUCUCACUGUUCCUCGCUGACUGACCUCACCUUAAGCUUCUGUUCAUGCAUUGAUGACUCUGGGCUUGGUUGUUUAGCUUAUUGCAAGACAUUGGUGUCUCUCAGGCUGAACUCCACACCAAAAAUAACAUCACAUGGGCUUCUCUCGGUUGCAGUUGGUUGUACAAGUCUAUCUGCUCUCCACCUUAUUGAUUGCGAGAAAAUCGACAGUGUAGAGUGGUUGGAAUACCUUGGUAGGGAUCGAUCGUUGGAAGAGCUUGUAGUGAAGAAUUGCAAAGGUAUCAAUCAUCAUGACUUCCUAAAGUUUGGUUCAGGAUGGAUGAAGCUCCAGAAGUUCGAGUUUGAGAGGAAAAGAGGAAUAUAUGAUUGUGUUCCAGGUGAUGUGAUUUAUGACUCCUCGUACGAUGCUCACAGCAUGGAUAUAUAUGAUUUCUGCUGUGAGAGUUUGAAGGAUUUAAGGUUGGCGCAUAUUAAAACUUGGCCAGAAGUAGGGCUUCGUGCUGUCCUAGGGAAGUGUAAAGCAUUGGAGAAGCUUUGCCUUGAGUAUGUUCAAGCCCUAAAUGACAUUGACAUGAUUGCAUUAUCUCGGAGCUGCAGCAACCUUAAAAGCAUCUCACUUUGGCUCAACCUGCAGAGGUACUCUAGUGAUAUCAGCUAUUGUGAAACCAGGACAUCAUUUACUGAUAACAGCCUUUACGCUCUAGCCCUCAACUGUCCAAUGCUUCAGAUCGUAGACCUCAGCUUUACAGGAUGUGCUGCUGACUGGCCAUCAGAAAUAGGAUUCACACAACAGGGUUUUCUGGUGCUCAUUCAGUCCUGCCCUAUUCGUGUUCUCGUGCUAAAUACUGCCAACUUCUUUGAUGACGAGGGGAUGAAGGCCCUGUCAUCCUCACCAUACCUGGAGACACUCGAGCUUAUAUUGUGUGAAGCGGUAACUGAUGCUGGGAUGCACUUCAUUGGACAGGCCACACACUUGAGUAAUCUCACACUUCGGUUGUGUCAUGAGGUGACUGAUGUUGGAGUGGCUGAACUGGGACAUGCACAUAAGUUAGAGUCUUUGGUUAUCGAUUGUUGCAGUAAGGUCUCUCUGCAAGGGGCGCGGGGUGUUGCCAAGUCGGUUCACUACUCGAGCAACUUCUCAGAUGCCCUUAUGAAGACAAUUGGUAUUGGCGGCUAUUGAUGAAGUGGUCACCAGAAUUUUCAGUAUGAAUUUGCUGCUGAAGCCAUUAAGUUGUUCAGUGUGCAUCAUUGGACAAGGCUGUGCAUCAUCCGACCUAGAUUCACUUGUCUGGACUUUCUAUUGCCUUAUACCUUUACUGCUAUGAUUUUUUCUGUAUGACAGUCUAAUGAUGAUCCUUUGGACGGCAUCUGGUGAAUGAAACCGUAAAAGUAGGCACCACUCGUGUACUGUAAUUCUUGUUGCAUAAUUUUACUCUCUAAGCUGUUUUGUAAUCCGCACAAAUCGUCUCUAAGAUUCCCUGUUUUUGCUGUUUGAUUU